UCUCAAAACACCUCAAGAGAGUUUCCAAUUCACAGUCGCACGAAAAAUGGCGUUCCGGUUUCUUCUCCUCCUCUCUCUCACCGCUCUUCUCAUUUUCUCCGCCGUUUCUCCCUCUUUCGCCGCCUCUUCCUCCGACGUCGACGAUGAGGACCUCAGCUUCCUCGAAGAUCUCAAAGACGAAGCUGACGGUACCGCCGAGCCACUCACUUCCACUGGACUUGACGAAUUCGACGGAGGAGAAGACGAAGAUCCAGAGAUGUACGAAGACGACGAGGAAGACGGAGAUCUCUCCGAUCUAGGAAAUCCAGACUCGGAUCCGUUCCCGGCGCCGGAAGUCGACGAGAAAGACGUGGUGGUCAUUAAGGAGCGCAACUUCACCGACGUGAUCGAGAACAACCAAUACGUUAUGGUUGAGUUCUACGCGCCGUGGUGCGGCCAUUGCCAGUCUCUUGCUCCCGAGUACGCGGCUGCCGCGACGGAGCUGAAGAGCGACGGUGUCGUUUUGGCUAAAAUCGACGCGACGGAGGAGAAUGAGCUUGCUCAUCAGUAUAGCGUUCAGGGAUUCCCGACCAUUCUCUUCUUCGUAGAUGGCGAGCACAAGCCUUACACUGGAGGGAGGACCAAGGAAACAAUUGUGACGUGGGUGAAGAAGAAGAUAGGUCCUGGUGUGUAUAAUCUAACCACAUUAGAUGAUGCCGAGAAAGUGUUGACUUCUGGGAACAAAGUCGUCUUGGGUUACUUGAACUCUUUGGUGGGUGCUGAGCACGAUCAACUUGCUGCUGCCUCCAAAGCUGAAGACGAUGUCAACUUCUAUCAAACGGUGAGUCCCGAGGUUGCCAAGAUGUUUCACAUCGAUCCGGAGUCUAAAAGGCCUGCUUUGGUCCUAGUUAAGAGGGAAGAGGAGAAGAUUAGCCAUUUUGAUGGGGAUUUUGUUAAGUCUGCUCUAGCUAGUUUUGUGUCUGCCAACAAGCUUCCUUUGGUCUCUGUUUUCACCAGAGACAGUGCCCCCGAAAUUUUUGAGAGUGCAAUCAAGAAACAGUUGUUGUUGUUCACAACCAAAAAUGACUCGGAAAAGGUUCUUCCAGAAUAUCAAGAAGCAGCUAAAUCAUUUAAAGGAAAGCUCAUCUUCGUAUCUGUGGAUCUGGAUAAUGAGGAUUAUGGGAAGCCAGUCGCCGAAUACUUUGGUGUGUCUGGAAACGGACCUAAACUUAUUGCCUACACAGGGAACGAAGAUCCUAAAAAACACUUCUUCGAUGGAGAAAUCAAGUCGGAUAAAAUUAAGACAUUCGGGGAGGAAUUCUUGAGCGACAAACUAAAGCCUUUCUAUAAGUCAGACCCCAUUCCUGAAAAGAACGAUGGAGAUGUGAAAAUAGUAGUCGGAGAUAACUUUGAUGAAAUUGUUCUGGACGAGUCUAAGGAUGUUCUUCUCGAGGUCUAUGCACCAUGGUGUGGCCAUUGCCAAGCCCUUGAGCCAAUGUAUAACAAGCUUGCCAAACAUUUACAAAGCAUUGAUUCUCUUGUCAUAGCCAAGAUGGAUGGAACAACCAAUGAACACCCCAAGGCAAAGGCCGAAGGAUUCCCUACAAUUCUUUUCUUCCCUGCAGGAAACAAGACCUCAGAGCCGAUAACGGUAGAUACAGACCGCACUGUGGUUGCAUUUUACAAGUUUUUGAGGAAACACGCAACUAUCCCGUUCAAACUGGAGAAACCUGCAUCAACAGAAUCUCCUAAAACUGUCGAGUCCACACCAAAAGGGGAAACUACUGAGACCAAAGGAAAAGCCGAUAGCAUAACAAAGAGCCCUGAAACAGAUUCCAAGGACGAAUUGUGAUCAGUAAGCUAAGAAAAGGACAUGAGUUAUAGAAAUACGUCUCCUUAAGUUAUAUUGUAUGACCGGAAUUUUUUCAUCACGAGUUUGGACUAGAGAAAGAUGGAGACAAGUAACUUUAGUUUUGAGAAAGGCAAUUUCAACUCUUUUGAUUUGGUUUCAAA